AUGGAUGCUAGUAACCAUGGUAUGGUAGGAGUUCUUGCCAGAGAAAUGAAUACCAGUUUUUCUCCCCUAAUACAGAAUGUAAAUAGGACUAACAAUGAUAAUGCCCAAACAUACCAACAACUGUCAGCGCAGAUGAGACGCAUAGCAGAUUUCCUAGGCGCCCCUCAGUUCUCUGUUCGACACAGACUAAACCAAGUUAUAAUCCAGGAAGAAGAACCAACUAUAAAUCAGGUUCGACCACCUAGACAAGCGCUUGAUGAAAGGGUCAUGGGGGCAAGAUUAGAACAACAGCCAGUUCGACAGGAAGUCCCUGAAGAACAACCUAGGAGAGUAAUGAUGGUUAAUAGAGACCAGGAUGCAGACGAAGUAAUUCAUAGGGUUAGGCAAGAAAACAUGAUGGAAAAUAACUUAACUACUAUGAUAGAGAGAAUCAUGGCCCAGAAUGGUCUGAAUACAGGACUUCGACGGCCAAAUGAUACCUCUCCUUUAUCAGAAUACGUCCUACAAACUGAAUUACCAAGGGGUUGUAAAAUCCCUAAGUUCACCAAAUUCUCAAGGGACACUAGUGAAUCCACUAUAGAACACAUAGCCAGAUACAUGACUGAGGCAAGGGAUUUGGCGAACAGUGAGAACCUAAGAAUGAAAUAUUUCCCCAGUUCUUUAACGAAGAAUGCCUUCACGUGGUUUACAACUUUGCCACCAAAUUCCAAAUACUUGGCCUCAUUUGGAGAGAUUAUUUCAUGA